CAGCCCCUGCCCUUGCCCCCCUCCCGGCUAGGGGCUUCUCCCAAGAUGGCCGGUCCUGCUCCGGAGGGCGGGGGCGGCCUCCCCGCCGGCUCGCUCGGCCACUGCCUGGCCCAGCUGCACAAGGGGACGGAGCCGGGCCUCGGCCGGGCCUUGCUGGCCCUCAGGACCCAGCACAUCAAGCAGGCCGGGGGCAUCGCCCGCUUCAGGGGCCGCGGGGGGCUGGCGCCCCUCCUGCGCAUCCUGGCCAGCGCCCCCCGCCCGCGGCGCACCCUCGACCUGGCCCUCAGCAUCCUGGGCAACUGCUGCACCGAAGGCGGCUGCCGCACCCAGGUGCGCGAGCUGGGGGGGAUCCCGCCCCUUGUUGCUGUCUUGAAAUCGCUCGCAGUGGAAAGCAUCCAGAAUCGGACGGCUCGCGCUCUUGGCAACUUGGCUGUGGACGCUGAGAACUGUCAGGCCAUCCACGAAGCAGGAGCAGUGCCCCUGUUGAUCCAGAUCCUCACCACCUCCCAGGACAGCGAGUGUUUGCAGAGCGUGAUACGAGCCGUGCGGUAUCUGGCCGACACCCCCAUCCAUCGCCUCGCGCUGGCCCAGCAGGGGGCGGUGCGCCCCAUCGCCGAGCGCUUGACUUCCUCCCCGGACGACGUCGCCCUGGUGGCCGCAGCCGUGCGGGCCCUCUUUGAGCUGACCAAGGGCUGCAGCUGCGACUGUGCCGAGCAGCUGAGCCUCGGGGGCGGGGUGGUGUCCCUGGUGACCUUGGCCAGCCACGACAAGCGGGCCUUGCGGGAAUCGGCCCUGGCGGCCCUGGCCAAUCUUUGCCUGCAGGGGGUGCUGCGGCCAGCCGUGGGCAACGCCGGCGGGGUGGAAGUGCUGGUGGCCGAGAUCCAAAGGCGGCGAAGCGCCGGAGCGCUCAGGGGCUCCCUCCAUUCCCUGGUGAGAGCCCUUUGCCUGCUCUGCCGGGAGGCGCUCAACAGGAGCCGCAUCCGCGAGGCCGGCGGGCUGGAGCUGCUGCUCUCCCUGUUGAGGGACCAAGGCCACGGUUCUUUCCAUGCCCGCGUGGUGGUGGCCUUUGUGGCUUUCCUGUACGACGAGGAGGCCCUGGAGAUCCUGCAGACCAGGGGGCUGGUGCCUUUGCUGGUGGGGAGGUUGGUGGCCCAGAGCCAAUGGAGCAGCCACGAGCCGGAGGAGGCCGAAGGAGAGACCGAGGACCUGGAAGACGAGAGAGACGCCGCCUCGUUUGACUUCCCCGCAGAGGGGCGCCGUGGGGAGCAGGCCGCGCCGGGAGCGGAGUCCUCCAGUUUCCAGAGUCUCAGAUCCUGGCUCCUGUCUGAAGGCUACAUCGCCAGUCCCGGCGACCUUUCCCCGCAGUGGUCCCCUGACACCACCCUUUCUGAACUGGACACCCAAGGGUGCAUCAGCCCCCAUCAGGAACUACAAGACGAAUCCCUGGCCUGCCACGCCUCGCCUGGGGUCAAGACCCAGUCCAGGGCAGAGUCCCCCACAUUCCUGAACUGUCCUUUGUUAGAUUUGGCGCUUGGAGAACAGCCAAGCUCUUCCGUGCCAGUAAACCCGGCAGAGGGAGACGGAGUGCAUCCGGAAGAGAGUCUCUGCGCCUCUGCCUUGCCUGUCUCAGAAGAAACUGGAAGCCUCUGUUCAGCACAGUCGCCUUUCCCAGAGGCUGCAGAUUUGUUGGGGGUCAAGGAGCACGAAGAGGUUGGGACCCAUAAGCAGCCGAAGGGUCCCGUUACGGCACCGCCGGAGGCAUGUUCUGCUGAAAAAGCGGAUCAGUCAUCUCAGGUCGUACCAGCAACCGAUGAGAAUGACCCAAAGGCUGGGAUCCUGUCCCCAGCUAUUCCACUUCCAAGCAUGGGUGACCACAACCAGCCAUCGGCCAGCUUCGUUGCCAAAUCACCGAGUACGGAAGAGGCGUGUCCGACCCCCAGAAAGCUCCCCCUUCAGAACUUCCCGGGUUCUCCGGAGGAACCCAGGCUGCCUACCUUCUGCUGGAGGCGGCGGGCCACGUUUCGGUUAACGUCUGCCACGUUCCCUCAAACGCCACGUCCGGCCGGGGAGGCCCCGUCCCCGCUUCUCUCUUUGGCCCUGCCUCUCUCUCUGUCUCCACACGGGGGCGACAGAGAGCUGCAUGCCCCCGAGGCCCCGGCCCUGCUGCUGCUCUCCCGCUUUUCACAGGCGGAGGAUCCCAGCCGCAGCUUGGUGACGCCGACCGUGUUGCACGGGCUGCUCCGCUACAUCACGGGGAGCCCCGCCCCCUCGUCCCGCUGCCUUCGGCUGCUGCAUCGCCUCACCUGCAACCCCACUUGCCUGGAGGCCUUCGUCCGUUCCUUUGGGGCCUCGCUCAUCCGGGCCUGGCUGGUUCUGGGUGUGUCACCAGAGCAGGCUACUCACGCCGCCACCGCCGCUGAACAGGAAGAGGAAGAGCCAAGGAAACCUGACAUGGGACACCAGGACAUUGGGCGAUUCAAGGAGUUUGGUGAGACAUUGAUGAUGAACCUGCGGGUACAAGCAGAGUCCCCCUUUGGUGUGGGAGUCCUCAACCACAUGCUGCUGUCGGGUUCUGAGUCGGACCAGGUGGCCUGUGCUCUUGCCCUCCCUCUAAUCUGCAGGAAGGAUUCCCUUUGCCGGAAACUUCUCUUGGACCACUCCGGCUUGCGUCUCCUGCUGGGGGCCCUGGUGCGAGGGCCCGAGCCCCAGUUCAUUUUCUACGCCUCCGACUCUCUGUCUUUCCUCCUGGGCUCUCAAGCUCCGUGUAGUCCUGGGGUGUCCUCUCCCACUUUAAAGCGGCCCCGCUUGGACCCCCAGCCGCCUUGCUCUUAUCUCCGCCUGGUGGACGAAGGCGGGGCUGACCUGCAGUUCCAGCUGGACGGGGGCGCCACGGUGCCCGCCUCGCGUCAGGUGGUGAGCGAAGCCUCCGAGGUCUUCUGCGCCAUGCUGAGCGGAGGGUUUGCGGAGUCGUGUCGCACGAGUGUGUGUCUCCACGGCCUGUCGCCUGAGCCUUUCCUGGUUCUCACACACUUUCUUCACGGCUGCCGGGGGAAGCCGUGCCCGGUGUUGGGUGUGCCCUUCUCCCUUGCUUUGGCAGAAGAAAUCUUCACGGUUGCAGAACAGUACCUCCUCCCUGACCUCCAGUCUCUGGUCGACGACACUGUGUGCCAGGACUUCUUACGCCCCGGGACCGUAGGCGAGGUGUACCGCUUGGCUGAGCGGCAGAACCGGUCCCGUGUGCUCCGGCGGUGCGCCUCCUACGUGCUCCAGGGGUUGGCAGAACCCACCCAGCGAGCCGCCGCGUUGGCUGAACUACUCCGAUCUGCCGGAAAUCCCAGCGGGGCGGCCGAGGAGCUGUUGAGGGUUGUUCUGGAGUCCCCUUGGGGCUCUGGUUCUGAGGGGCAGCAAGGCUGAAGGCGCGGACCCUCGUCUCCUCCAUUUCUGAUCUCACACAUGCAGCCAGAAUGCCAGUGUUGCGGCGGAACACGCCAGGAGAGUUGCCGCGGAAAUGCUAAGAAUAAACAGGACAAGUUCGUGGAGAAGGGCUGUCCGCGUCAGUCGACCAUCCCGUAGCGCACAGGUGUCGAACUCGCGGCCCUCCAGACAUUAUGGACUACAGUUCCCAUCAUCCCCUGCCAGCAUGAUGCUGGCAGGGGAUGAUGGGAACUGUAGUCCAUAACGUCUGGAGGGCCGCGAGUUUGACACCUGUGCGGCUGAGCGUCCCUCUGGAGGGGGAAGCGGCAAUGAAUACCUCUCAGCAAAGUAGGUUGUACGUAUGAGACGGAGGGUGGAGGAGGCCUGCAGAGGGGGAAAGAAAGAGAACAGGGAGGAGAGCUUUGGGAAGGAUGGCGCUCCCCCUGCCUGGCAACCGUGGAGAAAGCUGCCUGGCAACCGUGGCUUGAAAUCAGGCAACCGCCUCUCCCCAUUCCUUCAUUUGUGGAGAUGCUCCCAUCUAGCGACGGAGCUCCUGGGCAUGGCAGCGGUGGAAAGUGGGUGGUGGGUUCCUUUCUGGUGGGCUUCUGGUUGCACGGCAGGAAUUCAGGCAGCUGCUGCCCCAAGGAGGGACCCCAGACUUGGGAGAGGGCUCUGCAGAAAUCUCCUCCACCAGGCGAGAGGAUGUCUUUCCCAAUGGAGAUGUUGGAAGAGCGUGAAUAAGCAACAGGAAGAGCCUGAAACGAGAGGAGAAUCCUGCAAAACGAACUGCGUAGACUCGUCCUCUCUUGGACCCCUGAGAAGAGGGACCUAUGGAGGGUGCUUUGUGAGUUGGUGGGCUGAUGGGGGAAGGCGUCGCUCAGCUGUACAGGUAGAAGGACUCUGUGGCCUCUGAGUGAUUGUAAAUAGAGAAAUAUAGGUUCAGAGAUGCUCUAAAA